AUGGCAAAGGCAGGGGAAGCCUUUUCGGACGACCCUCUAGUUGAAAAGUACUACGGACAACGGCAUCGAUUGUGGUCACGCUUUGACGAGGGCGUGUGGAUGACGCAGAGGGGAUGGUGCGAGGUUACACCUGAAGCUAUUGCUCGUUCCUCCGCUGAGCUCCAUAAAACUAUGAAGAAGAAAACCUGCGUCCUUGAUCUUUUUUCUGGAUGCGGUGGCGACACGGCUCAACUAGCUCUGGUUUAUGAUAAAGUCAUCGCAGUUGAUAUAGAUCCAGAUGCCAUAGCGGCGGCUAAAAAGAAUAUGGAAGUUUAUGACGUGGAAGAUCGCGUUUUUUUCACUGUUGUGAUUUCCGUACCCUGA